UACCCAAAUGUACAUUACGUAGUUUUUAUUUGCAUACAUCCGGCGGUGGAUCCACCUAUCACUAGCCUCACCACGCAUCACAGAUCGAGUUUAUUCCCGCGGCACCAGGCAAUGAGCAGCUUCUUAUUUCUCUCCUCAGUCGGCGAUUCUCCACCUCGGGAUGGACAACUCUACAUGUUGUUUGAACGCUGCGGGCGGACCGCCGUGGACACCGAGACCGCCCGGCAGUCACCUUCGGGAUGCUCACGACUGGGCCCCGAGCUGGAGUGACGAGGAUCCGCUUCCAGGUGAAACCGACUUCAACAGAUACAACACUACCACGCACCAGCUGGACCCAGAUGUACACAUGGCUAUCGCUAUAUACCUCACCAUUGUUGGCAUUGUAGCUGUGGUCGGUAACGGCUUGGCGAUCGGCGUGUUCCUGAAAGAGAAGCAGUUCCGAGGAAAGGAACACAACAUCCUGCUGCUGAACCUGGCCGUGUCGGACCUGGCCGUCGCCGUGUUCGGCUACUCCUUCACGGUGAUCGCCAGCUACGCCAAGCAGUGGCUGUUCGGCGAGGUGUGGUGCGUACUGGACGGCUUCAUCUGCUUCACCUGUGCCAUGAGCAGCAUGAACACGCUAUGUGUCAUCAGCGUGUACCGGUACAUCAUCAUCUGUAAACCGCAGUAUGCCUGCAGAUUGACCCAGAGCUUCACCGUGCAUGUUAUCGUGGGGAUCUGGGCCUACGCCCUGGUCUGGACCGUACCGCCUCUGUUCGGAUGGAGUUCGUACAGUAUGCUGCCGUUUGGAACGUCCUGUGCCAUAGACUGGUACGUGGAGAGUGUGUCUGAUGCCCUGUACGUGUCCUUGUGUCUGCUGGGGUGUUACGUUCUACACGUCACCGUCAUGAUCUUCUGCUACAUCCGGGUCAUUCGGCGGAUGGAUUCCAUGCGAUUCGCCGCCCUGGCCAGCGAAGAGGCGCGGCAAGUUGUGAAGAAGGACAAAAGGAAGAACAUCAUCAUGUGCCUCUUCAUGGUGGUGUCUUUCGUCGCCGUGUGGACACCGUACGCCGUCUCCUCGACCUGGGCAAUAUUUCAGCGGCACCUGCCGAUCAUGGCCCUUUACAUCCCCACCAUGUGCGCCAAGUCGUCCUGCAUGCUGAACCCCAUCAUCUACUCUGCAUUCAACCAGCGAUUCCGCAAGGCGGCGCUGCGCGUCGUAAAGGGGGCGGCCGCUCAGGCACGGAUCAUGCCGGUUGGCUGGGGAACCCAGAAUGGCACCGCCGCCAUGAUCAGGGCGAGCACCUCCCGUCAGAACCGCUGCCAGGCCUACCUUCCCGAAGAUAUCAACAUGGAGGCGAUUGUCUACAAAGAUAACCUUGUGUAGAAACUUUAGUUAAGAAGAAAACAAUUGAAUUGAAUAUUUCUAAAGGUCCAGUGUCCUUUCAAACAGCAGACAACAACAUGUCAAUCUUAAGGGGGAAACUAUGCUUCCCUGAUGUGAUUUGCAGUUGAUAUAAUGUGAUCCUCUAUUUCUCAAGCAUCUUUUGACUCAGUUUCCAAACGUCCUGAAGUCUGGCCAGUCAAAUUUGUUAAUGACUCUGAACAUUCGGGACUAAAUCAUGAUGAAAUCGACCACAGCGAUACUUAAUUCUUGACAACUGCUAAUGAUAAAUACUUCCUGUAUAAAGAAAUGUGUACUUAAAAUGUGGGGCUGGUCCUUACAAUAUUACUUCUAUAUUGUAUACUAGUAUUAUGGCUAAACAUUUGAGUGUGUGUUGUAUGUGUACAUACAGUACUUGAGCACAUAUUCCAGCAAAUGUAUAAAUUAUCAAGUCCGAUAUGUACAUAGAUAUCAGUAUUGCUAUAUGUGAAAAGAUACAUUUCCUUUGUUCAGUGAUAUUUCUUGUGAUUUGUAGUGGCAUUCUCAAUGUAUUCACCUUGAUCUGAUUGUGUGUAGGUGUUUGUGCUAGCAGAAACUUCUCAACAUAUAAGUACUGUUGUGUUUAUUCCAGAUAUCAGCAAUGAUACUUGAUAUUAAUGACUUUUAUGUGAAAGUCUUUUACAUUUCUCACCAAUGAAUUUGCUCUAAUACAAGACAUUCUAUAGAUCAAUUUACUUGAAUAGCAAAUAUAAGUACAUAAUGACAUGUGGCAACCCCUGCAUAGUAUACAUAAGAAGAUAAAGAAUGUCUAGAUGUAAUAAAUUCUACCUUGCACAAUUAUUGUGCAAUAAAAGCUGUCAUUUGUAAGAGAGGGCAUUUGCCUGUAAUAUAGCACAAUCUUGGACAAAGUUAGUUAAAAAUCACUUUGUCAUUUUCAACAAGGCU